CUCCCAAACUAUUCCCCGUGGCCUACAAUCUCAUCAAACCCUUCCUGAGUGAGGACACAAGGAAGAAAAUCAUGGUUCUGGGUGCGAAUUGGAAGGAAGUUUUACAGAAGCAUAUCAGCCCUGACCAGCUGCCCAUGGAUUAUGGGGGCACCAUGACAGAUCCCGAUGGGAACCCCAAGUGCAAAUCCAAGAUUAACUACGGGGGUGAAAUCCCCAAGAAGUAUUACAUCCGGGACCAGGUAAAUCAGCAGUAUGAACACACGGUCCAGAUCAACAGGGGCUCCUCCCAUCAGGUGGAGUACGAGAUCCUCUUCCCCGGUUGUGUCCUCAGGUGGCAGUUCAUGUCUGAUGGGGCAGACGUGGGCUUUGGGGUCUUCCUGAAGACAAAGACUGGUGAGCGGCAGAGAGCUGGAGAGAUGACCGAGGUCGUUCCCACUCAGAGGUACAAUGCCCACCUGGUCCCUGAGGAUGGGACUCUCACCUGCAUCGAGCCUGGGAUCUACCCCCCGGGCCCAUUCCAUGGGUCUCGUACCCUUUCACCUCCAGCCUUCCAUCUCUAUCUGCUCCCACCCACACCUGCCCCUGGCUCUAGUGAGGACAGCGCCUGGUCCUGGGUCCCUUUUGUCAUCAGUCCCGAGAAAGCCCAUCUCUAA